UUUGCCGUUUAAUGUCGAGUUUUCAAAUUUCAAAACCCUAAUCUCCUCCCCAAAGGGAUUUUUUUUUUUCAAAUCUUCCCCUUUUACUCCAUGGCUCUUAACAGCAAACAAAAAUCCCUCGAGACCCACAUCGACAAUCGACGAGCUGAACCGGAGCUUGACUCCGAAGAGGACUUGGAGGAGCUGGAAUCCGAUGUGAAGAAAAUGGCGGAGAAGAUUCUGGAAUACAGAUCCACUAUCCCAGAUCAACUCAAGGCCACUCUAGCUUCAGUUCUCUCUUCUCAGAGACCCAGCUUUUCCGAUAUCGUGUCGGAGCCUGGAUCAUCCGGAGAGCUUCAUCCAGAUUCAGAGGAGACGGAGUUGGAGCAAAGGACAAAGGAGAAGAUACAGCUACUUAAAGAGAAAAUUUCAAGUAACAUUUCAUCAACGCCAGCGAUUCUGAAUCGAAUGAAGAGUUGUAUUUCCAGGAUCGAGGAGCUAAGUUCUGGCAAUGGCGUUAUACAUCCUGCUUUUAAGAAGAGAAAAGUGGUUCGUCAAUGAAGGUUGAUUUUUCAUACGGUUCGUCAAUGGUGAUUGAUUUUCAGUCAUUUUAACCUUUGUAGCCGUGUAACUACUUGAAGCAUUGAUUUCCUUGUCUGUAACGCAAUGCCAACAAAAGGAGCAGCCUUGUAUUGAUAUGCAAAUUAUUUUAGGCGUGUAU